AUGGAACGCGACAGCCGACGCGACCGCAGGCAAUGGCGUGGGUGCCAUGUUUUCAAGGACGUCAUUUAUGACGGCGACCGGCCAGGAUCGUCACGAAGGAACGGUGGCCUGAAGAUGGGCCAGCCGUACUAUUAUUACUACGAAUUGGAUUGCUCCGUCGAGACUCACGAUCCUUCGCUUCCCUCCACAUCGACGUGCCCAUAUUUACCUGGCCAGACUGUAAAUAUGAUGUGGGUGCCAGCCGAAAAGUCAGACAGAAAACGAAGUGCAUCUCUCAGCUCAGUGCGACGCGAAGACUUCAAGACCAUGUCUCCGCAAGACAAGUACAGCACACCUCGGCCAGCCCCUGCCGCGCCGGAGUUGCUGAACCCAGCCUACCGGCCCACCACCUCGCAGGUGCCUAUCCGGACACUGAAGCACAAGCGAUCUGACCGCUCCAUCUCACCGACUCCGAGCUGGUGGUCACCACGGAAACUCUUCACCCGCAAGAACAGCGUGUCAUCCCAGGCCAGCAGUGACCGACAUUCUGAUGAUGCAUCGGUCACUGGCUCUUCCUGUGGCGAUGAGCAGCGACGGAGUGUUGGCUCUUCAGCAUCUGAGGGAAGCCGGACCCGAGCCAUGUCACCGGACUCAUUACGGAGGUUCCUCUCCGACGACACAGCAGUGGUGACACCACCGGCCGACGAUGCAGAGCGCCUGUUCCUGUCCAUCCCGGACGAUAUCGCUGAGGAGGAUGACGACAACUUCGCAACAUCUGCCGCCUCGGAGACCGGCCCAAAGACGAUCUUGUCGCCGCCCCCACCUGUCACUCGCAACUAUUCCGCAGAUACUCUGCGUCGACUGCCCGAGAACGCGUCGGUUGUCACCUUGACCGCAACAAAGCCCCCAACAGCGGUCUCACGGCCACUACAAGUCCAGUUCGAUGAUGAACAGGAUACCCCUACGUCACGCUUCUCCUUCUCGUCCGACGAAGGAUCUAUAUACGAUGAUGGUGAUACUGAUGCCUCAUCGCCCGAAACUGAGAACGAUACCGAAAUCCCAUCCUUCUACCAUUCUGAGGCCGAGGAUGAUGAAACGGACUCGGAUAUCCUCUCGCCGCCCUCCACUCUCCAACCAUCAAAGUCUGGCCUCAAAAUGGGCCGCGAGUCGCUAGAGCAAUCCCUUGCGAAUGCGUUCCAGGGAUACCAUCUGCCGCGAACCUCAAUGGACGGCACCAGCAAGGCCCCCGUCUCGGUCGUUGCCAGCCCCCCAUUGCUGGCGGCACCAGUUAGCUCGGUCGUGGACGACUUCAUGAGCGAGAUGAACAACUUCCAGAGCAAGUGGAUCUAA